CCCCGACAGCAUAAUGCAUAUAUGGGCAACAGCAAAGCACCUCCUCUCUAUUCAUACUUCGUGACUUCAAACAGACCAGCAUCAACCGUCCAUCCACAAUGAUGAACCUCACCAUCUUCACCAAGUCCACCCCCCACGCCCUCCGCGCCCUCUCCCUCGCCACCUUCGCCCCCGCCUUCACCAUCCUCCUGAUCUCAGGCAUCAUGCUCGAGCAAGUCAACCCCGCCAUCGGAAUCCUCCCGCUGUUCUUCUCCGCCGCCUUCGCCGCGCUACUGCUCGCCAACGAGCGGCGCUGCGGCUGCCAGGCCAGCGGACUCGCAGGCACGCCGCUGCACUUCAUCGCGGAUUUCGUGCUUGGGGUGGGGCUGGCGGUGUGUCUGGUGCUGGCGUGGGUGUUUGUAGGGUCGCGGAGGCGGCACGGGAUUGUGCUGGCGGUGUAUGGGACGAACUUCUUGAUCUGCAAUCUGCUCAUUCAUGGGUACUUCGUCUGGACGUUUCUGCGCGAUGCGGUGCAAGGGGGUCAGACGUAUCCGGCGAGUUGUCCGCAGUGUCAGGGUGGGAGUUUCUCGUUCACGGUCGGAGGGUACCGGAUCGGGCGAGACUACAGUUUUGGUGGUGGACUGAACGGUGGGAUGAAGAAUGGGUAUGCGCCACUUUUGGAUGGGGAUGGAGAGCCGAGAGUCAGCACUGAUGAGGGAGCGGAUGGAGCGGCGAGUAUGGUGUAAGCGUGGUGGUGGGUGUAUUGGGUCGAGGAGUUUGGGCCUGGCGUUAAUGGAAACUUGAUAUCUACGACUUAAUUAGAUCACGCUGCAUUGAACUUAUUUUGGCACACAAACAGAACUUCCAAGCUAUUCGAAUGUACCUCUGCAGAAAGUGCAACAGGUACGUGCUGAAGCGUCGUUUGGUACGACUUCAUUUGCUGGACGUUUCACGGCUCACCACAGUG